GAAUCCUUGAGGAAGGAAGUUCACUGGAGUGAGUCGUGGAAGAAUUAUUGCACGCGAACGAAACACUAGCCAAAAUAAAAUCACCACUUACGGAGCGACGAUGUCCUCGGUUCAGCAUCUGAAAGAGUUCAUCUCCCAGCGACUGACCGCUGCUGCUGUGGAAAUAUUCGGAGCCUUUGAACAAACCAUCGUCGAGUACGAAGAAGAGCUCGACCGUCAGCGCAGACUGUUGGACGCUGUGUUGAGACCUGAGAUCAAACUACACAGGAUAGAGACUCCAGAUAUUCCAGAUGUGUGUGAGGAAGAUCGGCAGAUCUCUCAUCACGUGAAGAAAACCAGUCAGGAUGAAGAUGAUCCAAAUCCUCUACAAAUAAAAGAGGAACAUGAGGAACCACGCACCAGUGAGGAAGAAGAGGCGCUUGUUCUGAAGCAGGAGACCGAUAAUGUGAUGAGUUCAGCAUACGAGGACAAUGCAGCAGAAGCAAAUGGUGACAGUCAGCUCCUCUCUCACAGCUCUCUUGUUACCCUCGAUGUAGACAACUCUUCUAUGUCAAAGACUCACACAGAUAAAAUUAUUUUUAUGUGCACCACUUGUGGUAGAACCUUUAAGGGUAAAGGUGCAUUACAGACCCAUGUGAAAACCCACACGAAGCAACAUUUGAUAUGUAACACGUGUGGAAAGGAAUUUCUUUGUUCAUCAGCGUUAAAAACACACGUGAGGAUCCACACAGGUGAGAAGCCAUUCCUCUGCAAAACCUGCGGGAAACGAUAUAAACAAAAACCCCAUUUGGAAGCUCAUAUAAGGAUUCACACAGGUGAGAAGCCAUUCCCAUGUAAAAUCUGCGGGAAACGGUUUAGGCAACAGUCACAACUGGGAGUUCAUCUAAGGAGCCACACAGGUGAGAAGCCAUAUGCAUGCAAAAGAUGUGGGAAACACUACAGAAGUAGCACCAGCUUGACAGUCCACACGAGAAACGUUCACACAGGUGAGAGACCGUUGCUCUUUAACGUCUGCGGCCAAAGCUUCUUUGAUUCCAGGACUUUGAAGCAACACAUGAUGGUGCACACGGGUGAAAGCCCUAUUCCUGUGAAGCAUGUGGUGAAGGUUUUACAGGUGGUAAAGCCUUGUUGAACCACGUGAGGUCACAUGAGAACAGUUUUGUGUGGGACGGUGCAAAAGCUCAUAAACAGGACAGCAGCAUUUUAGUGAAAGUUAUGUUUAAGUAGUGCAUUGUCUUUUUCUAAUUGCCCAAUAAUAAAUUAUUUGUCAUGAGUUCCCCGUGUAUUAAGUUUUGUAAUGUCCAGUGUCUAUUUUUAACUUUUCCUUUAGACAAACUGCCAAUAACAUGCAUUGUACAAAACAUUGUUUUUUUGGUUGAGUGCUGUGUGUGUGGUUCUCGUUUUUGCCAAUAGGUGGUGCUCUGUCAUCUGUGUAUCACAGCGGAGACUCUUUUGACAAACAUAUUUGCAUACUGUAACAUGGACAUUACUCAAUAUUUGAUCGUUUGUGACGUUUAGAACACUAGCUGUUGGUCAUUUAGCAUAGCAUAUGAUGUUACAGCCUGUAGGGACGUGGUUUAUUCUGAAUGUGUCCGGAUGCAUCAUAUCCAUCACAAAUCUCGAAGCAAAGUCUAAGUCAUGAAUCUUAACUGUACAGUAGCAAGUAACUGUAUUUGUUUUUCUCACCAAAAUUGAUUGAGUCUUCAAACAGAACGUGGCAGCGUGGAAAGGAAUUUGGUAAAAAAUCUAAGGCAGGAGGCCGAUGAACUCUGAAGAAUGAGUUUGAGGCAAUUCACAUACGUGCUUUAAAACUGUAAAAGAAAAAAGAGAGAGACUGAAAAUCUUCUAUUUGGUUGAAGCAUUGAAUUUGAAUUAAACAUUGUCAUUAAACAUAAACUAAACAUUGAAUUGGUAUGGUUGGUAAAAAUUAUGCUAUUUUUUAACCAAUUAUUAUUAUAAUAUUAUUAACCCAAUUCUGGGUUUAAGCAUUGAUUAAAAGGUGACGUCAUGGGGUAGUACUAUAUAAAUCUAACUUUUUUCUACUCCGUUCAACCAUGUACUAGGUCAAUUGAAAGCUAAAAUGCAUUUUCUUGUAUAUGUUUGAAAUUAUGUGCGUUGGUAAAUCAACUGCUUUUACAUGUUUGAAGAAAUAAAUAAAUUCUUUAUUUCUUCUUA